AUGGAUGUUGUGAUAAAUGAUGAUAGGAAGCUCCCUUUCCUAUCCAGUGGAGAACGGGCUGUGGCCAGCGGACAACGGACUGUGGUUUUAGUUGGGCGUACUGGCAAUGGAAAAAGUUCCACCGGGAAUAGCAUUCUUGGAAAAAGGGCUUUUAUGUCCAAGACUAGUUCAUCUGGUGUUACUAAAACUACUGAAUUGCAGAGAACUGAACUCAAAGGUGGCCAGAUCAUUAAUGUUAUUGAUACUCCUGGACUCUUUGAUUUUUCAGCUGAAUCUGAAUUUGUUGGGAAAGAGAUUGUCAAAUGUAUUAAAUUGGCCAAGGAUGGUAACCAUGCAGUCCUUUUAGUUUUGUCAGUGAGAAACCGUUUUACACAAGAAGAACAAGCUGCAGUACUUACCUUGCAGUCUUUGUUUGGAAGAAAAAUUAUAAACUACAUGAUUGUAGUCUUCACCGGUGCGGACGAACUUGAAGAAAAUGAGGAAACAUUGGAAGAGUAUUUGGGUCGCGAAUGUCCAGAUCCUUUAAAGGAUAUUCUUGCUUUGUGUGAAAAUCGGCGAGUGAUUUUUGAUAACAAGACUAAGGAUGAAACCAAAAGAGCUAAACAAGUUGGAGAGCUUCUGUCCCUUGUUAACAGGGUCAUAGCGCAGAAUGGUGGACAACCAUACACAGAUGAAAUAUUUGCUGAAGUGAAGAAGGAGGCUAUGAAACAUCAUGAACAACAAGUGGAGGUUGAUUCUCUAAAGGGAUAUUCAAAACCAGAAAUUACAAAGCUGAAGGCGGAAAUAGAAAGAUCAUAUGAAGAUCAACUCAAACGAAUUAGUGAGAUGACUGCAAGUUGCUCAGCAACUUGCAUUAACCAAAGCAACUUGUUUAGGAUGGUCAGUUCAUCCCUCAAGCUCAAAUUCGGGAGAGACAGAAAGAUGAAGCUGAUCUUGGAGAGUGCAAAACCGAGAGCUGGAGAGAGGUUUGAUAAGAAUAUCGGCAACUUGGAAGGUGGAAUCAACAUACUAGACUACGAGACGUUUAGCUUGAACCAUUUCCCGUACAAAGUGCACAUCAAUUUCGAUAUGUUUGGUACACGCAUGGAAGACGGGGUUGGAAGCAAGAGCUCCAACACUUGUAUUAUCACACCAGAGAAUGGGGAGGCCAGGAAUAGAGAUAUGAAGUUCCUAAAACAGAUUUUGAAUCCAAGCAAUCUCAGUAGCAGCAUGGGCUAA